AUGUUUUCAUCAACAGCUUUUUCAGCUCUUCAUUCUCAUCAAAAAUUAUCACCAUGUCGAUGGUCAUCAUCAGCUCCAUCUUUAGUUGGUGAACGUGGUGCUACAACACUUGAUGCACCAUCGCCGAGUCCAUUUCAUUCAUAUACUAAUAGAAAGGCUCAUCCGAAAAGACAUUUGGUUUGUGCAAUUAUUUCAUCUGUAUUAUUUUUUAUCACCGGUAUUGCUGCAGUUUAUUAUGCUGCUAAAUCUUUACAUUGCGAACGUAAUGGAUAUUAUGAACAAGCAUUAAUACAUUCACGUCGUUCAUUAGCUUGGUCAUUAGCAACAUAUGUGAUUGCUCUAUUUAUUUAUUUGACUCUUGGUCUUAUUCUUUUUAUUCGACAAAUUGAUCAUCAUUAA